GUGUCACAGUGGCUCUCACCUUUGUUGGUGACUUCCCAUGCUAUCUCAAACAGCAGCAGAUCCUCCACAGGUAACUCCUCUUCCUCCCACAGAGGAAGACCGCUCAGAGAGCUCAUGGACAGAGACCUGGUCAGGGGCAUGAUGGGAAGAAAUCCAGAUGUUGUUUCAAGUGAAAUCCGGCAGGAAGACACGAGUGAAGGAGCUCCGAGACCCUGGCUUCGUCACUGCUCUUAAUCUCCGAGAGUCACAGGGGAGUUUGGACUGGAGCGCGUAUCUCUUUUAACUCUCUUAAACAAACACUGACGCACUUUGGGCUCGAGGUCACCGACAUCACGAUGUCACCCCAUGCUUAUAUAUUGAGGGAAGCUCUCACAUGGAGCCUUUAUUCACAGCAGAGACGAGUUUCUGCGCAGGGAUCAGCUCCAUCACCCGACAGUAUGAAACUACAGGUGCUGAUCAUCUUCACGUCAGUCCUGGUGGCUCAGUACACAUCCUCACGUGUCAGAAUUCCAGAUUUGGCCGGACUCGGAGAACCGGAUCAGAGAGGCGUGGACGAGCGCAGCACCUCGGAAGACGACAGGAUUUGCUUCUUGUUAAAGGAUCAGGAUUCGGAGAGCCACAUUUCCUGUAAGCAUCGUCUAACCCGCAGUAAAUUUAACUACAACCCGUUCGGGCUGCGCUUCGGGAAGAGAGACGGACGCUUAAAACCGGACCGAUCGGGAACGACGAGGAGGCUCCCGGUUCUGCUUUUCCUGAGAGAACUGGAGGAGGCAUCAUGAACACACACACACACACACACACAGGAAAAAAAAAAGUGCAAUUUUUAAGAGCUGGAUUAACUGGAGAUGUCGUGAUGGACGUGUGUGUGUGUGUG